UAAAUGUUACAAAUUAAUAUAUGAGAAGCAAGUAAAACAAAAUAAAUCUUAGUACGGAUAUUAAAAGCGUCUUUAAAACCUUUUCACCCAAGUACCAGGGCUAUAUGCCACUAAAUUAGAUGGUACCAAGCACUAAUCUUACUGCUACACACUGAAGAGGAUAAUUUAUGACCCUAUAAAAACAAUUUCCUCAGCAAGAGCACAAUAAAACAACUUGAAUAGAAAUGUGUUUUGGUUUUGUCAAUAAAGAAUUAGCCUGAUGAGUGUAAAUGUAUAUUUCCACAUACCCACUCCUUGUUUAACAUUUCCUCUACGUUUUUACUACUACAGAGUUUAUUUUUGUUUCUGUUUAUCAAAAACAUAGUCAGUUCAACUAAAUUGUGUUGGUACGCUCUAACUGGCGCGUGGCCAUAACCCUGAUUGUUGAUAUCUUAUCAUAACCUACGUCACUUCUUGGCUCUAAUCGAAAGUGCGAAAGUGCCAGGCUUAUCGAGCUUCCUCAGCCAAAAAUCUUCUGAGCAAACACCUCUUCUAGACAGCCAUGAGAAUUUGGGCGUGAGAUUCGCUCAGUUUCUUAACCUUCCUGACAAAUUUUGAGUUUCUCGUUUUAAUGGCGUCAUUGAGAAAGUUUUAAUUGAAGAUGACAUAUAAUCUUGGUUAGAAUAUGAAGUCGAUCAAGGCCCGGCUGAAGCACCGAUUCAGCAAACUAAUGGCAAUGGACAAAGAGAUCAGUUCGAGCAGCAGCACCAAUCGGAUGAGCCGCAGCACCAAUUCCCGCCGAAAUGGAUCCGUACACCGAAAUCCGCAGCGGAGUGACGAGCUUCCGAAUCCGUUAACCGUCGAAGCCGCAAAGCAUCGCCUAUUCUGGAACGCUCGACGGAACUCGUCGGUCAGCAAGGUCAGCAAGCCCGAUUUGCCAGCUAUUGGGGGCAUAAAAAAGAAAAUCCCCCCGCAAACUAGACAAUCGACUUUCACCCAGACGGAAGUCAAGCCGAAACGCAAGACCCUAACGAAGAGUUCCAAGUGCAAUUCGAUGGCGCCAACGGAGCGGGCUAGCAAGGAUACACUUCGGCCAGGAUUCGGUAAGCGGGGCAGUAAGACGGCCAAGAUCGACCGCAAACAAACAUCUCACCAGAGCCAAUCGAGUUUUGUCAAAUCUAAAUCGGCCCCGAUCACGCUAGGGAACAGGAAGCGUCAAGAGCUGACCGCACGGUGCAGUGCGUCGCACGAGGGCCGCAAAAUUCUGCAGGAGCGACUGAUGGUUCAAGUGGACGCACUGUUCAACAUGCUCUUCUCCGCCUCGCCGUUCCUGCAGAACUUUCACGAGAGGCGCAAGUCCACGGAUCUGCGCAUGGGCACCUGGACGCGGAAUGCCAACGGCCAGAACGAACGCGUCGUCUCGAUGACCGUGGCACUUCAGGCGAAUCUCGGACCCAAGGUCGCCAAGGUCACCGAGACGCAGACCAUGCGCGAGUGCAGCCAGCCCGGACAGCUCUACUCCAUCGAUGUGCGGAGCGUCAAUGCCGAGAUCCCCUACGCGGACGCCUUUGUCGUCCUGUUGCACUUCUGCCUGCGAGCCACCGUCGAGGAGUACACCGAUGUCCUGGUCUUCGCACAGAUCAAGUUCCUCAAGUCGGUGUGGGCGGUGGUCAAGGCGUUCAUCGAGAAGAACGCGUACGCGGGUCUCGAGGAGUUCUGCCAGUCGCUGUACAGCGCACUGCUCACCGAGAUCAAGAAGAUGUAGCACACCACAAUGGGCUUUAAUACACUUCGACAUAGCUGA